AUGAAUAUACUGAAUGUAUCAAUGAAAGCUACAGUCGGCCUUGCUGUUACUUGGAUGUUAGUAGCAAUAACCUGCAGUGCAAUGAUUAACCCCAAUCUCCCUGCCUGCUCACUGAAUGGGGGAUAUGAGGAAAGCUACCUGCAGGAAGGGGACAUCAUGCUUGGUAUUCUUGUUGAUAUAUUUGGUUUAUUGAAAAAUGCCCAGGAAACCUUUGAAGAGCGCCCUAAGAACACUUUUUUAAGUUUUUCUAGUUCCUCCUUCCAAUAUUAUCGUCACUUUCUGGCUGCCAUUUUUGCCAUUGAGGAAAUCAACCAGGACCAGAACAUUCUGCCUAAUGUGACCUUGGGAUUCCAUAUCCAUGAUUCCCGAGCCAAUGAGAGAAAAGCCAUUAGCAUGAAUAUUAGACCCGACAUUCACUCUUCAUUUUAUGAUGUUCUACGUCUUUCAAAAGAAUUUGAGAAAACAGCCAGCACGGGUCUUCAAGAAGCGGAAUUGACUUAUCGAAUUGGACUAUUUUUAACAAAGUUAUAUUUCCCACUUUUUGGGGUGAGUUAUGGGGCUAUAGAUGCCUCAUUUGGUGACAGAAUCCGCUUCCCAUUAUUCUAUCGAACAGUGCCAAGUGAAACUGCCCAGUACCAAGUAAUCAUCCAACUUUUUAAGACAUUUAAAUGGAACUGGGUAGGGAUGAUAUCCUCUGAUGAUGAGACGCACCAGAAAGCCAGUGAAGAGAUGCAGAAUGAGAUUAAAAAGAAUGGAAUCUGUGUAGCUUUUCUUCUUCGAAUUGGUGGAAAGGACGUUAGAAAUUAUCAUCGUGCUUUGGAAAAAAUAAGACAGUCAAAUGCCAGUGCUAUCCUAUUUUAUAGCAGCUUGGACAUUGUUAUGGAAUUUCUUUUCGAUGUGACUUUGAAAAACUCAUCAGUUCAUGCGGUGUGGAUAAUGCUGUCUCCUCUGUCAUCAGGUUCAGGAAGACUAUAUAUUGAUGCAAUUAAUGGAUCCCUUGUUUUACUUUUUCAUCAUGAAAACAUACCAGGUCUAAAAGACUUUCUUUACAAGGCGAAUCCUUUAGGGUUUCCAAAAGAUCCAUUUACUGCUGCAGUUUGGUUACGGCUGUUUGAUUGCUACUUUGAACAAGCUUCUCCUAAGCCAUCAUCCAACUUCUACCAUAUAUGUAAUGCCAAUUAUACACUAAAGGAAUAUGAGAAUUUUGGGUACGAUGUGAAUAACUUCAGAGUAACUUAUAGUAUGUACAUUGCUGUAUAUUCUGUGGCACAUUCCCUUCAUGCUAUGUAUACUGGUAAAGCCAAUGGCACAAAUACUUUUUAUUCUGAUAAAGUAACAGAUGGCUUGACACCAACAGAGUUAAACCAGCACCUCAAGAAAAUCCAUUUCAGAACAAACCCUGGGAAUGAAAUUUUCUUUAAUGAGAAAGGAGAAGUUCUGGGGAAUUUUGAUAUAAUGAACUACAAUGUUUUCCAAGAUGUAACAGGGACUGCAACACAUGUUGGGACCUUCAUUUCAUCUCAGUCUCCAGGACUCACCAUUGACAAAAAGGCCAUUCUAUGGGCUCCUCACUUUAAUGGGAUCCCUACCUCAAAUUGCAGUGCCAGCUGCCAGCCAGGCUAUAGGAAAGCUUUUGCGGAAGGAAAACAAAUUUGCUGUUAUGAGUGUGUCCAGUGCUCAGAAGGAGAAAUAUCCCCAUCGCCGGAUAUGGAAAAUUGUAUAAGAUGUCCUGAAGACCAAUGGUCCAAUGAGAGGAGAGAUAAAUGCAUCAUGAGACUUGUUGAGUUCCUUUCUUACAAGGAGCCUCUUGGUGUGGCCCUAACCACCACUGCUCUAGUUCUGUCUUUUUGCUCAGCUGCAGUUUUUUGCCUCUUUUUAAAACACAAGAAGAGCCCCAUUGUGAAAGCCAAUAACCAGGAGCUCAGUUACAUUCUUCUUCUUUCCCUCAUGCUAUCCUUUCUUUGUUCCUUACUAUUUAUUGGAAGGCCUACAAAGGCCACCUGUUUGUUGAGACAAGCUGUGUUUGGGAUCAUCUUUGCUAUUUGUAUUUCUUCCAUUUUGGGGAAAACCAUUACUGUUAUUAUUGCCUUCACUGCCACUAGACCUGGAAGCCGGCUCAGGAACUAUGUUGGUACCCGGGUCCCUAAAUACAUUCUUCUACUAUGUACACUUCCUGAGGUUUUCAUCUGUGCACUUUGGCUCAUAAUCUCCCCCCCAUUCCCUGACUAUGACACUCACUCUGCAACAGGAAAGAUCAUUUUGCAGUGCAAUGAGGGAUCACCUAGUGCAUUCUACAUAAUGGUUGGUUACAUUGCCUUGUUGGCUUUUGUGAGUUUCUUUGUUGCUUAUCUUGCCCGUAAAUUACCAGACAUAUUUAAUGAAGCACAAUACAUAACCUUCAGCAUGUUGCUGUUCUGCAGUGUAUGGAUCUCCUUCAUCCUGGCCUAUGUGAGCACCACAGGCAAAUAUUUAGCAGCGGUGGAGAUAUUUGCCAUCUUUGUUUCCAGUGCAGGACUUCUUGGCCUUAUAUUUGUCCCUAAGUGCUAUAUUAUAUUUUUUAAAACACCAGUGAGCACUAGAGCUCAUUUAAUAUAGGGAAAACAUGAAUUACAUCAAAAAUAAAUUAAUAGGUAUUGGGUAAAGAGCUAAUUAUUCAAUUAAAAACUUAUUUAGCAGACUCAGCUUUGGCACGUUCUGAUUUGUUUUCA